GCGUGAUCGGCACAAAAACGCGCAUGCGCGUAGUGUCCAGCUGACACAUUUUCAAAGUAGACGGCGGGUAGUUGAGUCGUACAUAGAAUCAGCACAAAGCUUCCUCGAGGAAAGCCAACCAGUAGCAGUUGGAAAGAUGACCAGCACGCUGAAGGGAAUCACUCUGAAAGGAAGUACAGAACUAGUGGCCGACUUCUUCUCCUUUGGCAUCAACAGCAUCUUGUAUCAGCGGGGCAUCUAUCCUCCAGAGACGUUCUCCAGAGUCACACACUAUGACAUGAGUCUGCAGGUCACCACUGACUCCAAGCUGAAGAACUACCUGACCAACGUGGUGUCUCAGCUCAAAGAGUGGCUGUAUGAAUGCACCGUGCAGAAGCUGGUGUUGGUCAUCACGUGCCUGGAAACCAACGAGGUGCUGGAGAGAUGGCAGUUCGACAUCGAGUGUGACAAGUCUGCCAAGGAGAGCAGCGCUCCCAGAGAGAAAUCCAUUAAGACCAUCCAAGAUGAGAUCCGCUCCGUCAUCAGACAGAUAACUGCUACGGUUACUUUCCUCCCACUGCUGGAGACGCCGUGUGCCUUUGACCUCCUGGUGUACACGGAUAAGGACCUGGUCGUUCCAGAAAAGUGGGAGGAGUCUGGCCCACAGAUCAUCGACCAAUCAGAGGAGGUGCGUUUGCGCUCCUUCACCACCUCCAUUCACAAGGUCAACAGCAUGGUGGCGUACAAAAGGACCGACUCCGCCUAAACUAUGAGCUGUACAUCUCACACACACACACACACACCUUAUAGUAGGUAACAGUGGCUUCUGGGGCUCUCUGUCCUCACAGUGGACAUGUUUUCUUUUCUGAGUUUUACUUUGUCUCGUUUGUGAGAGGACGUGAAAGGAUGCUGCUCACUCCUCUCUGCUGUAAAUAUUUGUCAAAGUUGUUUUCUUUAAUGUUGUCGCUGACGUCACCAACCGUUGUUUUAGUGAUUUGUACGUCCGACCUUUUAAACUGUCACAAAUAAAGGCCUUUUGCCUUUCCUCCUGUCAA